GGGGUUUUAGCUUUUCGUAUGAAUCUCUGUUUUGAUUCUUCAAUUCAUGAAAGUGAAAUUCAAGUUUAACUUGAAUCUCGUUUCGUUUUUUGGGUAUUGAAAUUCGCUGGUACUGUGAUUCAGUUGGGUUGUCCAGGUCUCUGAGUGCUUGACAAGAGUAUUGCAAUGACGCCGUUUCGGGUGCUGUCUCGUGCUUCGCGUAGGCUUCCGAUGCCUUCACUCUCUCGCUCCCAUAUCUCUGCAGUCUCUACCUAUCACACAAUCACCAAACCAAACCCUAAUACAGAAGCUCCUUUGAUUCCAAUCAAUCUCAGGCACCGUUGGAUUCCUAGAUAUCUCGAUUCUGAUCUCAGGCUCAUAAAGCACCUAUCGAACUCGACUUCUUCUAACAAGGACGACAGCGAUUACCAGAAACCCAAAGCUUAUUGGAUCGACGCUUAUUUGCCCAAACUGGCCCGCCCUUAUGCUAAGCUGGCUCGCCUCGACAAGCCCAUAGGCACCUGGUUGCUUGCUUGGCCUUGUAUGUGGUCAAUAACAUUGGCAGCGAGUCCUGGACACAUUCCUGAUUUUAAGAUGUUGACACUAUUUGGAUGUGGGGCUUUGCUUUUAAGGGGUGCUGGAUGUACGGUAAAUGAUCUCCUUGAUCGGGAUAUUGACACCAUGGUGGAACGUACAAAGUCGCGGCCAGUAGCGAGUGGUCUUUUGACACCUUUUGAAGGAUUGUGUUUUCUUGGAUUUCAAUUGCUUUUGGGUCUUGGGAUUCUUCUCCAACUGAAUAAUUAUAGCUGUGUUCUGGGGGCUUCGUCUUUGUUGCUAGUUUUCUCCUAUCCACUCAUGAAAAGGUUUACAUUCUGGCCUCAAGCAUUCCUAGGUUUGACUUUUAACUGGGGAGCUUUGUUAGGAUGGGCUGCAGUGAAAGGGAGCAUUGAUCCAGCUAUAGUACUUCCAUUGUACAUAUCCGGAGUAUUUUGGACACUUGUAUAUGAUACGAUAUAUGCACAUCAGGAUAAAGAAGAUGAUCUGAAGGUUGGUGUCAAAUCUACCGCUUUGAGGUUUGGUGAUUCAACCAAGGAGUGGAUUGCUGAGUUUGGAAUCUUGUGCAUCAGUAGUCUUGCCCUUAGUGGAUAUAAUGCCGAAAUUGGCUGGCCAUAUUAUGCACUUUUGGCGGCUGCAUCUGGACAAUUAGCUUGGCAGAUAUGGACAGUUGACCUUUCAUCCAGGCUUGAUUGCAAUAGAAAGUUUGUGUCGAACAAGUGGUUUGGUGCAAUUAUUUGCAGUGGAAUCCUACUGGGAAGACUUUCAUCAUAGCGGCAAGGGUUACUGUUAGAAACUUAGAACACAUGUCCUUUUUUUGUAUCUCCAACUGCAUGUCAUCAUCUAUUGCUUGGACUGUGACAGUCAAUAGGGUUUGGCCAAAAUUCAGGAUAUUUUGUUGAAUUUUUACGCCACCGAGGUUGCAGAGCGAUUGCUAAUCAUCAGAAUUUGAAGUGCAAGGUGACAUACAAAUCAUCUUCGGUCAACUUGUGAACAACUGAGAGACAUAAAACUAAUGUAUAUUCAAAGUGGAGUACUAGACCCUAUCUUGUGGAUUUUGAAACUAAAUGUAUCAAUGUGGUACUGUUUUCCAUUGUUGUAAUAUCAUUGGUUUAGUGGUUGAGGAUAUUGUUGUAAGAUCGUGUUGAUUAUAAG